AGACUCGCCUGACCUCCAGCUCCCACCUGGGCAUUGUGGAGGUGGGAGGGCCACCUGCUGGCUGCCAUUCUGGGGCCCUGCUGCACGUGGGAGGCUGUUCGGGGCUGGGGCACCCCAAGGGGGUGUCGCCGGCCUGGAAGCAGCCAUGCGGUAUCCUUGUCGCUGAGGAGCCCAGCCAACUAGGGCCUUCUCAGGGCCAAGCAAUGACCACGUCGGAGGACCAGAGCCCAGCCCAGCCUGGCAGGACAAGCGAGCAGAGGGUGAUGUUGGACUCAGUGACACACAGCACCUUCCUGCCCAACACAUCCUUCUGCGACCCCCUGAUGUCGUGGACUGACCUGUUCAGCAAUGAAGAGUAUUACCCUGCCUUUGAGCAUCAAACAGCUUGCGACUCCUACUGGACAUCCGUCCACCCUGAGUACUGGACGAAGCGCCACGUCUGGGAAUGGCUCCAGUUCUGCUGUGACCAGUACAAGCUGGAUGCCAACUGCAUCUCUUUCUGCCAUUUCAACAUCAGCGGCCUGCAGCUGUGCGGCAUGACACAGGAGGAGUUCAUGGAGGCAGCCGGCGUCUGCGGGGAGUAUCUGUACUUUAUCCUCCAGAGCAUCCGCUCACAAGGUUACUCCUUUUUUAAUGAUCCUGAUGAGACCAAGGCCACCCUCAAAGACUAUGCUGAUUCCAGUUGCUUGAAAACAAGUGGCAUCAAAAGUCAAGACUGUCACGGUCAUAGUCGAACAAGCCUCCAGAGUUCUCAUCUAUGGGAAUUUGUGCGAGAUCUGCUUCUAUCUCCUGAGGAAAACUGCGGCAUUCUGGAAUGGGAAGAUAGGGAACAAGGUAUUUUUCGGGUGGUUAAAUCAGAAGCCCUGGCGAAGAUGUGGGGACAAAGGAAGAAAAAUGACAGAAUGACGUACGAAAAGCUGAGCAGAGCGCUGAGGUACUACUAUAAAACCGGAAUUUUGGAACGGGUUGACCGAAGAUUAGUGUACAAAUUUGGAAAAAAUGCACAUGGGUGGCAGGAAGACAAGCUAUGAUCUGCUCCAUCAUCCAGCUCAUGUAAUGGAUUUCUGUCUUUUCAAACAAUAGAUUGCAAUAGACAUUGGAAAGUCCUUUAAAAAAAAAAAAAAAAAAACACCUGCCAACGUGCUGAUAAAAUUUCUCCACAUCUCAGCUUACGUUUGGAUUCAGAGUUGUUGUUGUCUGUUUGGGGGUAAUGGCCGCAACCCUUAAGCUAUUUUUUUUUAACCCAAGGGGAGGAGGGAAUGACCUUUUGAGGUACCCUGAUCGAAAUCACUUCCCUAGUGAAGAGUUGCAGAAGCACAAUGCCCAGUGUCAUCGCUGCUGCUCAGAGAAAAAGGAUCCAAUUCUGCUAUUUAGAGGCUCAUCUGGUGGUCCCACUCCAAAGGCUCCAAAGUUUUCACACUGGUAACUGUGGCAGCUCACAAAGCAAAAAAAAAAGAAAAAAGUGAUUAGUUUGUAGUUCACAUAGUAGGAGGGGGUCAGAUGUGAUAAGAUAAACAGACAGAUUUUAAAUCGUUAAAGUCAAAUUCCAUAGUAAAGUUUCUUAACUGGUAAAGGAGCUAAGCCAUCAAGCUGAUACAUAAUUGGAUUUAGCAUAGUAAACUUUCUUAACCAGAAUAUCUUUUUAGCCGCUCAGCAAAACCCCCAUGGCCAUCUAUCUGGGCUAACACACUUAAAAUUAGGCACAUUCUUAAUUCUUGCUGAAUUUGUUGCCCCUCUUCUCCAGGGUAGGGAGCAUCAGAUGUGCAAAGGGUUAAUCCACAGACGUUUGCAUCAGUUUCCAAACCACUACUGUUUCUAUGGCUCAAGCUGUCAACGCAAUAAAAUCAUAAUUCACUGAUUCUGUCUGUGAGCAAGACAUUAAACCUUUACAGAGCCAGGAAUUUCCUGACGGCUCUGUAAUAGGCAAUUAAACUAUGAGUCUCUCCCUUUGUUUUCCUACCUGAUGGGUACGCAAGCUCUAAAACGCAUAUUUCCUUGACAAAAAUAGUGACGAUGGAUUUACACCAGUGAAUGUUCACGGGUUAAAGUCUGCACUGACGUUUUCUCAUCAGUCACUGGUAGGUGAACCAUUAGUGACUCCAGCUAGGUGGACUGCCCUCAGGACCCCUUCCCCAGAGCAGGAAGCUUCAUGUGAUGAGGCACUGAACCGCAAGAUAGACUGAGGGCCUCCAUCUUAGAGUUUCACGUCAAAAGUCACUUGUUUUUAAAAAAUGUGAAUGACUGUAAAAUAAUCUAUUUUUUGGAUUCAUGUGUUUCCCAGGUGGAUACAGUUUAUAAACAAUGUGAAUAAAAUAUUUAACAUGUUA